AUGGCUUCCAAAGCCAAGCUUAGCGUGCCUCAGGUGGUAGGGUCGACCACUGGGGGAGCUGCCCCACCGGCGCUAGGCUCCAUCAGCCUCAAAACGGGGUCUAAGACGGCGCAAAGAGUCUUCAACAACAUGCACAAUAGAUUCCACAUAUCCAGCCACAUAGCUCUCGAUGGCAAGAGCACCAGUCCCGAAGAAGACGCGAAAGUUGCCGAGGCCUACGCACCGAAUCCGAACUUGGCCCAGUUCAGAAGCGCUGCUCCACCGGGCUGCUCUCUACCUCCUCGGCCGACGACGCUGUCAGCCUCGCCCAUGGCCGCCCAAGGUGACAGGGCGGUAAUUCCCUCUGCAGCUGCCACGAUGAAGAGUCUUCCCGCCGGCACGGUAACCACGGUCUAUCCAUCCGCGACGGCCGCCAAUCUCAAGCCUCAGGGGCGACGGCUUCGUCUUGCACGAUUUGUCCAAGGGGGGCCAUUCCUCAGUGCACAUAAAACGAGCACGGCGUACGUCAUCCCGUCGAAGCCAGCGUCCGAGAACCAGAAGAUUGAGAUAAGGAUGAGAGAGGGAAUCGAGCCGGCCAUUUUCUACGUGGAGUGGGAUAAGAACUAG